UCGUACUAGUUGGCCACAAGAACUCGAGUGAAAGUGUCCGCAAGUCGGACGAAGAACAACCGACCGCACAUGCGCAGUAUAAAAUACGACGUCAUAUAAAUAUAAAGGUCUACUACCGAUCACUUCUUGCCUAGUGAUCGAUCUGUCAUCAUGGAUGCCAAAAGUAUUUGGCUGUGUUUUUUAUUAAUUACCGUCGCGUAUGCUCAGGAGGAAGGUGACGGAGAUACGGAUGCUACAGCCGAAGAACUAUGCGAAAACAGACCUGCCGACGAAUACUUUCGAUUAACGACGGAUGGAGAUUGCAGAGACGUAGUCAGGUGCGAUAGUAAUACUGACAAUAACGGUGUCACGAGACUGGCUUCCGUCAGGUGUCCGGUCGGUCUAGCUUUCGACAUCGAUCGGCAGACCUGUGACUGGAAAACUAAUGUUAAAAAUUGUGAUAGAGUCGAGAAACCAAGAAAAGUACUACCCAUUCUCAAGACUGACGAACCAGUGUGCCCAGAUGGAAAGUUAUCUUGCGGAAACGGAGAGUGCGUCGACAAAGAACUCUUCUGCAAUGGAAAACCCGACUGCAAAGAUGAAUCUGACGAGAACGCUUGUACCGUUGAAACCGACCCAAACCGCGCCCCAGACUGCGAUCUGACCCAGUGCGUUCUGCCAGAUUGCUUCUGCUCUGCUGACGGUACCAGAAUUCCCGGAGACUUGGAACCGGUCAACGUACCUCAAAUGGUGACCAUAACAUUUAAUGGAGCCGUAAAUGUUGACAACAUCGACUUAUACGACGAAAUUUUCAACGGUCAACGAGCCAAUCCCAACGGCUGCCAGAUCAGAGGAACCUUCUUUGUUUCCCACAAAUAUACCAACUACUCUGCCGUACAGGAAUUGCACAGGAAAGGACACGAAAUCGCGGUGUUCUCCCUGACACACAAAGAAGAUCCCAACUACUGGAGUCAAGGUUCUUACGAUGAUUGGUUGGCCGAAAUGGCUGGAGCUCGUUUAAUUGUUGAACGAUUCGCCAAUAUUACCGACGGUUCUAUUAUCGGCGUCAGAGCUCCUUAUCUCAGAGUCGGAGGCAACAAGCAAUUCGAAAUGAUGGCCGAUCAGUUCUUCGUUUACGACGCUUCUAUUACGGCCUCGUUAGGGCGAGUUCCUAUCUGGCCGUACACUCUGUACUUUAGAAUGCCCCACAAGUGUAACGGCAACGCACACAAUUGUCCAAGUCGAAGCCACCCCGUCUGGGAAAUAGUCAUGAACGAAUUGGACAGACGUGACGAUCCCACAUUUGACGAAUCUCUGCCUGGAUGUCACAUGGUCGACUCUUGCUCCAACAUACAGACCGGCGACCAGUUCGCCCGUCUCUUAAGGCAUAACUUUUUCCGUCACUUGAACAGUAACCGUGCCCCGUUAGGACUUCACUUCCACGCCUCUUGGUUGAAGAGCAAGAAAGAAUUCAAAGAGGAACUGAUCAAAUUUAUAGAAGAGAUGUUGGGCAGGAAUGACGUGUACUUCGUCACUAACCUAAACGUUAUCCAGUGGAUGCAACAACCGACCGAAUUGAACGGACUGAGAGAUUUCCAAGAUUGGAAAGAAAAAUGUGACGUCAAAGGGUUGCCUUACUGCUCGUUGCCAAAUUCGUGCGCCCUAACUACCAGAGAACUUCCCGGAGAAACUCUCAGGCUUUUCACAUGCAUGGAAUGCCCCAACAACUAUCCAUGGAUAUUGGAUCCGACCGGAGACGGUUUCUCAGUUAGAAAGUAGAUUAUUUAUUGAACGUCCCUUUUAGAUAUAAUUUCGAAAGACUUUGUACAUAGUUAUUUUAGUUUAUUUCCUGCAGAACAAUUCGGAACAUAAAACGGAGCAAGGAGAACAGCGGCAACGUGGCCAACCUGUUGGUGUAGCAUUUACGAACCGAAACUGAUCUAUGUUACUGAAGUAUUGUUAAUAAAUAAUUAAAAUUA